CCCGGAGCGCGCGCGCGCGUGGUGCUGGGGUCCUCGGACAGGGCAGAACUCUUUGGGCUUGCAGCCAGGGUCUGAUCCCGGAGCCCCCCAGGAUGCCUGGUUUGGGGAAAACCCGGCAAGACCCCUCGCGAUGGAAGAAGAAGCAGCCUGUGCGCCGCACGGUCAGCCAGAUCUGCCCGCCGCCCCGACGGCCGCUGGCGGUGGCCGACAUCCGCCCGGGCAUGGAGAACGAGAGGCUGGGGGUCGUGCGUGACUCCAUGUUUCAGAACCCGCUCAUCGUCAAGGCGGAACUUGGCAAGCCCCGGGAGAGAAGCUGCAGCCUGCCUGGCCUCAACUUUAACUAUGGACUCUACAUCCGAGGGCUAGAUGGAGGGGUCCCUGAAGCUAUUGGGCACUGGAAUGUGUUUAAGCAGCAACCCACCUGCCCGCAAGAGCUGACCCGGAACUAUAUUGCCAUGAACCGUGGGGCUGUCAAAGCUGGCCUGGUGACUGCCCGGGAAAAUAUGCUCUACCGCCAACUUAAUGACAUCCGAAUCAGUGACCAGGAAGACCGGCGACAGAAGGAACCACCCAGUGUCCCUCCCAACAUGACCUUUGGGAUCCGUUCACGGCCGUCAACACCCUUAUUUGACCUGUUACAACAUCGGUACCAGCAGCUGUGGGUUCAGGAACAGAAGGCUACUCAGCACGCCAUCAAACUGGAGAAGAAGCAGAAGGUGAUCCUGGGGAAGCUGUACGAGACGAGAAGCAGCCAGCUGCGGAAGUACAAGCCGCCCGUGAAGCUGGACAUCCCCUGGCGCAUACCUCACUUCCAGAAGGUGGGCCCCACUCUUGCUACAUUCCCCACAGAGGCCGACCGCCAGAGAGCUCUCAAAGCCCACCGGGAAGAGUAUGCAGUGCGCCAGGGCACCCUUCGCAUGGGCAACUACACGCACCCCUAGCCCUCCCCACAGCAGGUGCCUCCUUGAUGCAGAGAAAAAUCCCCCAAGAACUCAUUUUUCUCACCCACCCUCCAGGAAGGCAUCUCCACCUUUUGACAUAGCCCCUUGCCACAGGGACCUCACAUUCAAGUCUUUCGCUACUUACUUUCUUUAUAAGAACCCCGAGACCCCCCCCCCUUUGUUAGCCAACACCAGUCUUGCCUUACUCCCAGCGUCCCUCUGCCUAGGAAGCCACUGUCAUUCUCAAACUUCUCUUCCUCUUCUUCAUCUCCUUUCCUACCUCUUUCUCCUCUCCUUUCAUCCUUCCAUUUUCACCUCCUCCUGCUUUUCAUAGAGAGCCACCCUGCCUCUUUGCAAGCCUUACUUUACAAGAUAAACCAAAAAUAUAGUUUUUAAAAUAAAUAAAAUAAUUCAUGCUAAGAGUCGAUUUCACAGCCCUGCCUACCAGGUGCCAGGAAUGACCUGUGUAUUUCCUGCAGGAAGUGUAACACCAGCAGGCUUUGAAAGCCCUCAUUUUAUAUUCCAAACAUGGGUUUUAAUUGCCCUUCUGGGGAUGUCUGGGGUCUCGACACGGCAGGAUUCUCUCUCUGGGACCCCUGACAGCAGGAAGAGCCUGCGGUUCAUUACUCAGGGCCAGCCCCACCCCCUCAGUGCUGUGGCCCUGUCAAUCAGACAUGUAGCCAGCAUGGAGCUCUUAAGGCUCCUGGAUGUUGCUUUCCUGUGUCUGGGAGGCUCCAGCUGUGGAAUACCUCUAGUUCCUUAAAUCCCGUCUUUCUCCAGUGUCUUUGGCUUCUCUCUACAAAUUACAAACUGAUUUAUUUUAAAUAUAAAAGAUGA